AUGGACGGGAACUUGACCGUCACUGGCGUCGAGUUCCUACAUGGCGAGAAGAUUUAUGUCGUACAUGUGAGGAAGGAAGCGAUUAUCUGUGCUGGGGCGCUGAAGUCUCCGCAAAUUCUUGAGCUGUCGGGUAUCGGCAGCAGGUCCGUGCUCGAAAAAUCGGGGGUCGAGGUCAAGGUCGACCUUCCCGGCGUGGGCGAGAACAUGCAGGAGCACGUCUUCGGCGCUUUCUCUUGGGAGCUCAAACCCGAGUACAACUUCCUCGGCUUCAACGAGCUCCUACACCCCGCAGGGCGAGCGCGACACGAGGCACUCUACAAGGACCUCCAGGGCGCGUUCACGAUGGCGUACGUCAGCUUCUCGUUCAACCCGCUCGAGACAGUCGCCGGCGCCGCACGCGCGCAGAUUAUCUAUGAGCGUGCCCGCGCGCACGUCGAUGCGCUAAACGUAACACGUACUCCGGCCGGCCUACGCGAGCAGUACGCAAUCCAGCUGGCGCGCCUCCGCCCUGGCGCGCUCCCCGCGGGUCCUGGGUGCGAGGUCUUUGGCUCGGCCGCCACCGCGUUCGGGGUGCCCGCGGAGGAGGGCCGGUCGUACUUCUCGUGGCUGUACUGCAUGAACCAUCCGCUAUCGCGGGGGCACGUCCACAUCACGUCGAGCGACCCGAUGGUCGAUCCCGAGUUUGACCCGCGCUACUUUGAGCACGGAACCGACCUCGACGUGCUCAUGGAGACCGCCAAGUUCGCGCGCAAUCUGGUGCAGCAUGCGCCGUUGAAGGACAUGGUCGCGAGGGAGAUCACGCCGGGGCCGGCUGUGCAGACCGACGAGCAGUUCACCGAGUACGUGAAGAAAACUUUCGGGACGACGUGGCACACGUGCGGCACCUGCUCGAUGACACCGCGCGACAAGGGCGGUGUCGUCGACCACGAGCUCAGGGUGCAUGGCACGAACAAUCUCAGGGUCGUUGACCUGUCGAUUGUCCCACUGCACGUUGCUGCACACACACAGUCUGUUGCAUAUGCGAUAGCUGAGCAAGCGGCAGACAUUAUCAAGGGCACGUUCGAGCCUUAAGCAGCCGAAUUUAUCUGGUUUACAAGGUCUAGAUCCCGACACGCGAGAUAUCAAUACCGGAAGUAGAACUGUCGCUCGUACACUGUACUUUGAUGCCGGUAAUUUGCGCUGCGUAUGGGCCACGCUGGAGGCACAAUUUUUUUUUUUUUUUUUUCCAAAGGUUUCUCAGGUUUGUGCGCUGCCAGGUACCACGACGGACCAGAGUAACUGUCUCUCUUACGAUCGAGCGUUAGCUAUCCAUCCAAUUUUCUCAUCGGUGUCUACGAUACCCUGAAGUGUGCAUAUAUUCCG